CCUAAAAUCCCACCUAUCUCGUCUACCGUUGUUGUAGACCAUACAGUAAAACAAAAGCCCCUGCUAAGUCUCCCGCGCGACUCUAUAUAUACACAGAGCAGAUACAUAAAGCGGUGGCACAAAUUGUCAGUACUAUAAAGACUUAUAAAAGCUUAAAGAGUGAUGUUGAAUAUGAAGAUGAUGGUCGCAGCACCACUUGUUGUCCUCUCACUCUCCAUCGUCUUAUUUCCUAUCUUCAACACUUACCCAUUUUUGCGGAACUGGGGAUGGACUAGACAAGUAGCCGAUUUGUUGGUGAUAAAUGGGACUAUAUAUACAAGUGAUUCGUCCCUUCCGUUUGCGGAUUCAAUGGCUGUUCGAAAUGGUCGAAUACUUAGAAUUGGGGAUUAUUCUUCAGUUCAGGCUCUGGCGGGAUACGGGACUGAAUACAUUAAUCUACAAGGAAGAAUUGUGGUUCCGGGAUUUAUCGACUCACAUGUUCACUUUCUAUCCGGGGGACUGCAGAUGGCACGAGUGGAACUUCGGAAAGCUAAUACAAAAGAGAAGUUUGUUGAAAUUGUCAAAGCUGCAGCAAAAAAUAUGGAGCAUGGUUCUUGGAUAUUGGGAGGUGGGUGGAAUAAUGACUUUUGGGGAGGAGAAUUGCCAAUGGCCACCUGGAUUGAUGAUAUUACAGAAAACAACCCUGUGUGGCUGUCUAGAAUGGAUGGGCACAUGGGCUUGGCAAACUCAUUGGCACUGGAAAUUGCUGGAGUAACUAAAAAUAUAGAAGAUCCAAUAGGUGGCACUGUUGUUAGGAACACUGGUGGAGAACCAACAGGCUUGCUGAUAGAUUCUGCAAUGAAACUGGUCCUCUCAUGUAUCCCAGAGGUGUCUAAAGAUGAUAGAAGGAAAGCCUUGGAAAGAGCCAGCAAUCUUGCCUUGAUGAGGGGUGUCACAACAGUUGUUGAUUUUGGAAGAUACUUCCCUGGGACUUCAGUAGAGCUUCCUUGGGAAGAUCUUACAGAUGUGUACAGAUGGGCUGAUAUAUAUGGAAAAAUGAAGAUCAGGGUGUGCUUGUUUUUCCCAAUGAGGACAUGGCAACGUCUAGUUGAUCUUAUAGGCCAGACAGGUCGUAAAUUGAGUCAAUGGAUUUACUUGGGUGGUGUCAAGGAUUUUUCCGAUGGCUCAUUAGGUUCUAGUAGUGCACUCUUCUAUAAGGCAUAUGCAGAGGAGCCUCAUAACUAUGGUCUUCAAGUCACAAAUAUCGAUGAUUUAUUAAACUCGACUAUCUCAUCAGAUAAAUUUAACCUACAGGUUGCUAUUCAUGCCAUAGGUGACAGAGCAAAUGGCAUGAUCUUAGAUAUGUACACUUCAGUUGUUGCAACAAAUGGAAUGCGAGAUCGCAGAUUUAGGAUUGAGCAUGCUCAGCAUUUGGCCCCAGGUGCUGCAGCGAAAUUUGGUCAGCACCAUAUUGUUGCGUCAGUGCAGCCAGACCAUUUACUGGAUGAUGCUGAAUCUGCAAUUAAGAAACUUGGGCUGGAAAGAGCUCAAGAAGGAUCUUAUAUGUUCAAGUCGCUUCUUAAUAGUGAUGCAGUAUUGGCUUUUGGUUCUGAUUGGCCGGUUGCUGAUAUUAAUCCUUUGAGUAGCAUCAAGACAGCAAUGGAAAGAAUACCCCCUGGUUGGGAAAAUGGUUGGAUUACUACUGAGCGCAUUAGUCUGCCUGAGGCAUUAAAUGCGUCCACAAUAUUAGCUGCGAAAGCAUGUUUUCUUGAUAAAGACGUGGGAUCAUUAUCUACUGGAAAAAUGGCAGAUUUUGUUGUGCUGAUGAAUGAUUCGUGGGAGGGUUUUGCUGAGCAUGGAUACGGAUCGAUUGCAGCAACAUAUGUAGGUGGGAGACAGGCUUAUAUUCGAAAUAUUUGACUUAUCUUGUCAUUAUGCCUUCAGUUUAGUGGUUAGUUGUUGAUGGGUAGUAGUUCCGAUGGUUAUCCUGCAUGAUAGAAAUAUAAGAACACUGAUGCACACAUGAAUUAUACUUGCGAUAGUAUAGGUCGUGGAGAGCUUUUGGUUCAAGGUUUAGGAGUUUCAGCAAGCUGAUAAUAGGAACAAGGGUUGAAGAGAGAUAUAUUAUUCAAUAUUGUUAUUGUAACAUUUCAUUGAUUAAUAAUAUAUUCUCUUACAAGUUGGUAGGGGACCAGGACGUAGACCAAUAGAGUUAGAGGACGAACCUGGUUAAAAUUCUCUAUGUGUUUAGUUAGCUGUUGUUUAUUAUUCUGCUUUGCA